GCUUUACCUCGCACGACAAUUUCUUGCGAUGAAUCACGCGUGACUCUUCACCACCUUUUUCGAAUAUACCCUUUGGCCCUUUGCAUAUACCCCUAAACCUAUAACUCGCUACCAGUUACUUCGCUGUGACUGAGAUUUACCGAUUUACCCAUUGUACCACCACGCCAAUUGGCCGUGAAUAAAUAAUAGCAAGAUGCCGAUGCUCGCGGAGCCGUGGAAGAAAUACAAGGCCUUCAAGCCGCUGAACCUGCCCGACCGCCAAUGGCCCAGCAAGACGAUUGAGAAGCCGCCGCGAUGGCUGUCGACGGACCUGCGCGACGGCAACCAGAGCCUGGUCGACCCCAUGGACGGCGAGCAGAAGUGGAUGUACUUCCAGAUGCUCACACGGCUCGGCUACAAGGAGAUCGAGGUCUCGUUCCCGUCGGCGUCGCAGACCGACUUCGACUUCACACAGCGCCUCGUGCAGACGCCCGGCAUCGUGCCCGACGACGUGUGGCUGCAGGUGCUGUCGCCGUGCCGCAAGGAGCUGAUCCGCCGCACCGUCGACUCGCUCAAGGGCGCCAAGAAGGCCAUCCUGCACCUGUACCUCGCCACGAGCCCCUGCUUCCAGCAGAUUGUCUUCAACAUGGAGGACGCCGACACCCUCGCCCUCGCCGUCGAGUGCACCAAGUACGCCCGCUCCAUCACAAAGGACGACCCGGCCCAGGCCGGCACCCGCUGGAACUACGAGUUCUCGCCCGAGUGCUUCUCCGACUCGAAGCCCGAGUUUGCCCUGCAGGUGUGCGAGGCCGUCAAGGCCGCCUGGGAGCCCACCGCCGAGGACCCCAUCAUCUUCAACCUGCCCGCGACUGUCGAGGUCGCCACGCCCAACGUGUACGCCGACCAGAUCGAGUUCUUCUGCCGCAACAUCUCCGAGCGCGAGAAGGUCUCCGUGUCGCUGCACCCGCACAACGACCGCGGCUGCGCCGUGGCCGCCGCCGAGCUCGCGCAGAUGGCCGGCGCCGACCGCGUCGAGGGCACGCUGUUCGGCAACGGCGAGCGCACCGGCAACGUCGACCUCGUGACCCUGGGCCUGAACCUGUACACCCAGGGCAUCCACCCCAACAUCGACUUCUCCGACCUCAAGUCUAUCAUCGACAUGGUCGAGACGUGUAACAAGAUCCCCAUCCACCCGCGCGCCCCCUACGGCGGCCAGCUGGUCGUCUGCGCCUUCUCCGGCUCCCACCAGGACGCCAUCAAAAAGGGCUUCCAGAAGCGCAAGCAAGAGGGCGCCACAAGCGACUCCCCCUGGCAGAUCCCCUACCUCCCCCUCGACCCCCAGGACAUCGGCCGCACCUACGAAGCCAUCAUCCGCGUCAACUCGCAAUCGGGCAAAGGCGGCGUGGCCUGGAUCAUCCAGCGACAGCUGGAACUCGACCUGCCGCGCGGCCUGCAAAUCGCCUUCAGCAAGAUCGUGCAGCGCGAGACGGACAAACUGGGCCGCGAGCUGCUGCCGACAGAGAUCACAACGCUGUUCGAGGACGCGUACCACCUCCGCCGCAACCCGCGCUUCGCCCUCAUCGACUACGACAUCCGCGCCGACCGCAGCGCGACCCCCGAGCCCCCCGCGCCCGGCAAAACACACAAGACGAGCAACCUGCGCCGCGUGUUCCGCGGCGUGCUGGACAUCGACGGCACCGAGCACGCGAUCUCGGGGCGCGGCAACGGCGCGAUUUCCUCGCUCGCCGACGCCCUGCGCGGUCUCGGCAUCGAGCUCGACGUCGUCGACUACACGGAGCACACGAUCGGGUCCAACAAGGACGCCAAGGCGGCGACAUACAUCGGCUGUGUUGUCGCGGGGGGCACCGAGAAGGUGUGGGGCGUGGGUGUGCACCACGACGUCGUGCAGGCGAGUCUCGUCGCGCUGCUGAGUGCGGCUAGCUCGGUAUGGGUCCAUGACCGCGAGGCGAUUUGGAAGAAUUAGCUAAUAAGAAGUAGUUUCUGGCGUCAAGGCCGGGGACGCCGGUGCCGUUUCGGCCAAAGGUCGAGGGGGGGAGUCCUAGGGCGCCGGGGAGUCCGUUGAGGGCGGAGGUGGAGCGG